CAAAUCCUCGUUUCCCAGCCAGUGUUCCGGUGUUGUCCAUGACCAUGCUCAGAGUUUCGUCGUACCGCAGGCUGUUUGAGGAGGAGCAGUGGGCUCGGUCUGGAGGCUCCAGUAUGCAGUGUGCUGAAGAGUACCGCUCCCCUGCCAGGGGUGCGGCUGGCCACAAGUGUGAGUGUGAGCAGCUAGAUUUUGUGGCUGCCAAGGCCAUGAACAAGGAAGGCCUGAGUCGGUUCACUCAGGAUCGCACCAUCCUUGCCGCCCUCAACAACCGCCUGGCCACCCUGAUUGAAUUGGCCCGUUGUUUUGAGGAGGAGAACGAGUCUCUGGAGACUCAGAUCCUGGCUCUGGAGGGCAGGCUGAGCAGCCAGCAGGCCUCAUCCACCUCCACCGCCAUCGCUGUCCCCGACUACAGCCUGGACGCUGUGGUGGAGAGACUGCGCAAAGAGAAGGAGGAGAUCCUCUGUGUCACAGAGGAGCUGAGGAGCGAGCUGGAGUGUCUGCAGCAGGAGCACCAGAAGGCCGUCCAGCAGAGGACCCUCGUCCAGGAGGAGAGGGAGAACGUUGCCAUGGAUGUGGAUGCAGUGACGGCCGAGUGCCUGGCCCUCAGAGAGCAGGUCUGCAUCUACGAGGAGCAGCUUGCUAACAUGGAGGCCCUACAUGCCACGACGGUGGAGACUCUGGUGGAGCCUGCUGAGGGGGCGGAGGGAGCCAUGACAGCAGUGGAGUUCUGUAGCCCUGACAUCACCCCAGCCCUGCGGAUCAAGGAGUACUACUGCCAGCUGGCUGAGAGCCUGCAGUAUGAGUGUGGCAUGUCCUCUGCUGUUGUUGCCAUUGGAAACGGGCAGCAAGGGGAGCUGGCUGGAGCUUCCGGGUCAAGGGGCGCGGGCGUCUCUAAGAUUACCGACGUCAAUGAACUGAAAAAGCAGAUUGCAGAGCUGGAGAAAGAGCUGAUGGAGUUGGAGAAGUGCAAUGAAGAGCUGGAGGACGAGGGAGAGAUGAAGAAAGCAGAAUACCUGGAGCAGAUCGAAGAGUUGGAGUGUCGUAUUGAGGAGAUGGGCUACAAGCAGGAGGACCUUGAUAUCCAGAUGAAGCAGCAGUGUGAGGAGUACCAGGAUCUCCUCAGUGAGAAGAUGGCCAGAGACUUAGAGAUCGCUGCCUACAGGGGAUUGGUGGAGGAAGAGGAUGAGAGGCUGUGCUACCUGUGAGAGGACGCCGGACAGACCGGUCGGUGUGGGAGGAGAAUAAUGUAUUACCCCCCCACCUCACACACACAAACACACAAACACACACACACAUACACCUACACACACACAUAGAUUCGCCGUAGACAAAGAGCAAAGCAGAAAAAAACAGACUUAAAUCAGCCGUAGGAUCACAUGAAGCUGAGCACCAUGCAACCUCUGGAGCAGAUGUAAACCUAUCAUGACAGAUUAAUGAUGUCUAGAGGCCAGGGCAGGACCAUUGAUAACAGGUCACUGGCAGGUGACCCCUGUCUCACAAGAGUAAUGGGACAGUCUAACGCCGGGAUGAGGGGGAGGGAGUCCAACAUGUGAGCAUGUUUCCAUUCAGUGAUCUGGGAGUCAAAUAAGGGGUGGUGGUGGGGUCUUCCUAAGUGGUUCUGAUCCUCCAGAGCUACAGUGUUUGAAGCUGACACACUGAUAUAGGAACAUAGACUGUUUAGUCUCCCUCCAAACCCCCUUUCAUAGACAAUGAGACCACCUCAGUGUGCGACUGUAGAAUCAGUCACCUCCUCAUCCCCAUCACUCAAACAGAGUCAGUUGUGUACACUCUUAUCCUCUCCUCCCUCCCUCUGAACCAAUGUUCUCUUCCUUAGUCAGACCAGGUUAACUAGACCUAGCAGGUCACCUACCUUUAGCUUUGCAUGGGAUUUACAUUACCAGCACUGUCAAGCUUAUAGUCAGUGUGUUAGUUUGCCAAUUACUUGUUAUGUGGUCUUUCUUUGGUCCAUAGGAAAACCUUACUGAAAACAUGAGCUUGAGAAUUGUUUGGGUGCUCACUACUUCUUCACAUUGCUUAUUUUAUACAAGUAUUGCUAAAGUUUUGUCAAUAGCAUUCGUUAUGAUGAAAAAGGUACCGCCUGGAUACUAAGAAGAUUGACUUGAUGUGAACAGCUGUAUUUGUAGAACCUGCUCUGGUGCAAGACCUGCGAGGAGGGGCUCCCUGUGUGGAACCACACAGUCCUGAGGACUCCCUUUGCCCUGAAAUGUUUUCAAAUCCAUCGGCUCCACCGGUUUAGUUUGCAUUGUUUGUGUUUACCCAAUAUGUGCUGUAUUAU